UGCUCCCGACUGUACGUUGCUGGAAAGCACCCGUAGUAGCUGUGUGUCGCUGUGACCCGCCCACCUGCUGCGUGCACGAAAAUUUAAAAUGCUAGGAAUAUUGAAAAGCACCCAGUGACAAGGAUAAAGAACACCACCAGUGACGUCACGACCAAUCGGAGGCUGGCAAAUACGAUUUGAACAAUUGUUCAUCCUCGCACGAUAUUCCUUUUGCUUGAUUUAAUUUAUUCGACCCAUCGAAGAUCAUCUACAAUAAGUUGAAAAGUAAACUGGACGAUGUCUGCAAACACAGCUGUGUUCAGGAUUUGCAGAGGGAGCAGUAUGGUUACUACAUUUCUAUGGAAAUCACACAAGAUUCUGCAAAUCCACAGGACAGUCUGUGUUUCUGCGCGAGACAGAUUUCACUCCAGCAACACUGAUCGAGCCGAGAACAAGUUGGCAGUGAGUCAAAAGACGGACUGGAAUAAGACUAUGUCGGAGGCAGAGAAAAUCGUUGGAUAUCCGACGUCUUUCUUAAGUUUAAGAUGGUUAUUGAGCGACGAGAUUGCCAAUGUUGCGUUGCACCUGAGGAAGCUGGUUGGAUCCAAUCAUCCUGUAUUGAAGACAGCCAAGACUAUUAUUUACAAUGGACGUAACACACAGGCAUUUGGUCUUAUCUUGCUGUUAAUUUCCAAAGCUGCCGGUCACUUGAAUGCAAAACCAAUAGAAGAGGACAAGGCUGCAGGAGUAUUACAUAGUCAAAGGGCGUUGGCAGAGAUUACAGAGAUGAUACGCACUAGCAAUUUGAUACACAGAGGUCUGGUAAACCUAAAUACAGAUACAGGGUCUUUGGAAUCUUCAGAAUUAAAUAAUAUAACUUUCGGUAAUAAAAUGGCAUUGUUAUGUGGUGAUUACUUACUUAGCAACAGUUGCACUGAAUUAGCAGCUCUCAAAAAUCAGGAUCUUUUGUUCUUAAUAUCGUCUGCAGUAAGAGAUCUGUGCCAAGUGGAAUUUGUAGCACGCAGGGACAAUCAAAACUUUCCCAUACCAGAAAUUCCACCUGAAGACCGUACAGGUUACGCACUGAAGGAGUGGACGCUUUUAAACACUUACGGCGCUGGAUCGUUGCUCGGAAAAAGUUGCCAAAGUACACUAAAAAUUGCUGGUCACAGCAAAGAAAUAGAGGAGAAGGGUUACGAGUUUGGCAAACAUUUAGCUUUAGCUUGGCAGGCGUCCUUGGACCUGGGCUUGUGCAUUAAUAAAGAUAAGGAAAUUUUACAUAAUUUGUGCGCAGCUCCAAUCAUGUUCCACGUUGAACAUGACCCAUCAAUUUUGAUCGAGCUGGACAAGGGAUUGGAAUCAGUUGAGAACGUCGACUAUUUAAAGGUGCUUGAAAUUGUCACAGCCGGUCCAGGCAUUGGAUUAACUAAAGAGCUCGUGAAGGAACACUCGCAAAAAGCAAUGGAAAUCUUAAGUGUGUUUAAGGAAAGUGAUGCCAGAAAGGCAUUAUCCAAUAUUAUUGUUGCCAUAGGUGACUUUUAACAAAUAAUAUACUUUUUAUUGUUUACUUGUCAGUAAACAACUUCAGAAUUAUAUAUAUUGUAUGUGUAAGCGAAAUUAUAUAGGAAAAAUAUUGACAGUUAGAAAAGGUGUUAAAAUAUACGAAUUUUUAUAUAA